UAGUCAAUCACUGAAUACUUGCAUCUAUCCAUUUCAUAUGCAUGUUCAGUCUUUGAUAAACCUCAAUGUUAUCCUGUGUGUGUGUGUGCAGGUGGAGCAUCGAGCGUUUGUUUAUGUCAAUUGUAAUGGUGUGUGUGUGUGUGUGUGUAGGUACAGCAUCGAGCGUGUUUAUGUCCAUUGUAAUGUAAUGGUGUGUGUGUGUGUGUGUGUGUGUAGAUACAGCAUCGAGCGUGUUUAUGUCCAUUGUAAUGGUGGGAGUGUGUGUAGAUACAGCAUCGAGCGUGUUUAUGUCCAUUGUAAUGGUGUGAGUGUGUGUGUGUGUAGGUACAGCAUUGAGGGUGUUUAUGUCCAUUGUAAUGGUGGGAGUGUGUGUAGGUACAGCAUCGAGCGUGUUUAUGUCCAUUGUAAUGGUGGGAGUGUGUGUAGGUACAGCAUCGAGCGUGUUUAUGUCCAUUGUAAUGGUGUGAGUGUGUGUAGGUACAGCAUCGAGCGUGUUUAUGUCCAUUGUAAUGGUGGGAGUGUGUGUAGGUACAGCAUUGAGGGUGUUUAUGUCCAUUGUAAUGGUGUGAGUGUGUGUAGGUACAGCAUCGAGCGUGUUUAUGUCCAUUGUAAUGGUGGGAGUGUGUGUAGGUACAGCAUUGAGGGUGUUUAUGUCCAUUGUAAUGGUGUGAGUGUGUGUAGGUACAGCAUCGAGCGUGUUUAUGUCCAUUGUAAUGGUGUGAGUGUGUGUAGGUACAGCAUUGAGGGUGUUUAUGUCCAUUGUAAUGGUGUGAGUGUGUGUAGGUACAGCAUCGAGCGUGUUUAUGUCCAUUGUAAUGGUGGGAGUGUGUGUAGGUACAGCAUUGAGGGUGUUUAUGUCCAUUGUAAUGGUGUGAGUGUGUGUAGGUACAGCAUCGAGCGUGUUUAUGUCCAUUGUAAUGGUGUGAGUGUGUGUGUGUGUAGGUACAGCAUCGAGCGUGUUUAUGUCCAUUGUAAUGGUGUGAGUGUGUGUGUGUGUGUGUAGGUACAGCAUCGAGCGUGUUUAUGUCCAAUGUAAUGGUGUGAGUGUGCAGGUGGAGCAUUGA